AAAGCUCGUAGUUAAAAGUAGGCUGAGGAAGAGCAAUUUUGGAUAAUGGCAAUCAACAGAAAGGGCAAACCGGGAAAGAGAAAGGGUCAUUAUCAAAGGAAGCCCCGGAUGUUUGCUCAGAAGAGGAUCCUCGCACGUUACAAACGUAGAGUUUGUGUGAUCGGUUUUACAGCAAAGCUGAGUGUAGAGACAGACAGACAGACGCCUUCUGCUGCAUAUGCUUUCGCUGCACACCAGAACCCAGAAACACCAACUUCUACAUCUACAUCAUCCCAAGCCUCGCUCUUCGGCCCUUUCUUUCUCUCUUCUUUGUUUUCGUUCCGAUUAGCCCUAGCGAAAGCUUUAGCCUUCUUGUGUAUCUGUGUUUGGGUUUGUGUUCCAGUUAUCAUUUCAUAGCUCUGGCUUCGGAAGAUCAGAAACCGUACGUUUUGUUUUGAAGUGAUGGUUUCUCCGUUCUAUAUGUCCUUUUUAGUUUGCUUUAGACUCAUUGUCUGAACAAGAUCACUUAUCCUUUCGGUUAGAAACCAGUACUUGUCGUACUUCUAAAUGAAAGUUAAAUACUCCUACGUAUUUUGACCGUAAUUUUUCUUUUUUCGUUUCCUUCUUCCAAUUUACGGAAAGGUGAGUGUUUUUUUUUCCAUUUCUUGUACUUGUUUAUUCGAAAUAAAUUAAGUUUAUAGGUUUUCUUAGAGGAUGUGAUAGCUCGAAAUCCGUUUAUCAGUACUUGAACGUUGCAAUUUCUGAAAUGUAGUGGGAUAAGGACCCGUUAAGAAUAAGAUAGCAAGUUCGAUUUUUUUUUCCCAUUCUGGGUCUUUUUCAAAUCAAGUAUCUAUAAGAGAGCUUUGCUGCGUUUCGGAAUGUACAUGUAGUUCAAGACGCUAAAGGGAGUGCUGAUUUGAUGGUUUUGAUGAGUUUUGGCUCAGACCCAUGAAGAAUUUAUACUGUUUUAAGCAGAUUUCCACGACCAAUGGGAAAACUGAGAGGAAGCUUUCCCUCGGAGAGUACAGGCGGGCGGAGUCUUGGUCGAAGUACUUGGUGUCGUCGGGGGCGGAGAUAAAGGGGGAGGGAGAGGAGGAAUGGAGCGCAGAUAUGUCACAGUUACUUAUUGGUAAUAAGUUUGCAUCGGGGAGACAUAGUAGGAUCUAUAGGGGAAUAUAUAAGCAAAGGGAUGUGGCUAUUAAGCUGAUUAGCCAGCCGGAGGAGGACGAGAACUUGGCUGCCAUGCUUGAGGAGCAGUUCAUUUCAGAGGUUGCUUUGCUAUUUCGGUUGCGGCAUCCGAAUAUCAUCACUUUUGUUGCAGCAUGUAAGAAGCCUCCGGUGUUUUGUAUCAUCACCGAGUAUUUGGCUGGGGGUUCCUUGAGGAAGUACCUCCAUCACCAGGAACCACAUUCUGUUCCACUCAACCUAGUUCUGAAAUUAGCCCUUAGCAUUGCACAUGGGAUGCAAUAUCUUCAUUCUCAGGGGAUACUACACAGGGAUCUAAAAUCUGAAAAUCUUCUGCUAGAUGAAGAUAUGUGUGUGAAGGUAGCAGAUUUUGGUAUUUCAUGCUUAGAGUCGCAGUGUGGCAGUGCAAAGGGUUUCACAGGCACUUACCGUUGGAUGGCUCCUGAAAUGAUAAAAGAGAAACACCACACGAAGAAGGUUGAUGUUUACAGUUUUGGUAUUGUUCUGUGGGAGAUUAUAACUGCAUUGACACCAUUUGACAAUAUGACUCCUGAACAGGCUGCAUUUGCGGUCUCCCAUAAGAAUGCAAGACCACCAUUGCCACCCACAUGUCCCACAGCAUUCACUCGUCUCAUCAGCAGAUGCUGGUCAAGCAAUCCAGAUAAACGCCCACAUUUUGAUGAGAUAGUUUCAAUCUUAGAAAGUUAUGGGGAAUCACUUGAGCAGGAUCCCGGAUUUUUCUCAUCCUUCAAACCUUCCUCUGAUCACACAUUUUUCCGGUGCUUUCCAAAAUGUAUUCCGCGCCAUAGAUCUGCUUCUUUAAAAGCUUAGAACAUCUUCUUUACCUAUGAGCUAAAAGUAUACCGUAUAUUUUUCUAGGCUUAUAUGUUCAGUUAUGAUUAUGAACUUUUUAAAA